GGAUUUCAAGUGCAAUUUGAUAUUGAUAUUCAAUGCUUAAUCACUAUUAUUGCAAUUAUCAUCGUCAUUAUUAUCCUUAUGAUCGAACUCAAUAACAAGUUUCUGUAAGCCAAUGAAGUGUUCGAAAAAGCCUGGUAACCAAUGUGUCAGGGCGCCUGUCGAUAACGACAUACUUAAAGACAUGACUUUCUGUUUUCUUCUUCCCGGGUGAUAUUUGUUUCGCUGAAUAAUUAACAUAGAUUAAGCGUUUAAUAAUGCUUCAGAUGAACUAAGGGAAGAACGAAGCGGUUAUCAAAUGGAAUCAGAGGAGAACUGGAGUGAGUUCGUAAAAGGUAUAUGUUUGAUGUUGUUUUGUGAAGUUCGAUGUGUACAACUUUCUUUUAACGAUACACAGGUCUGGUAACGCGGAUGAAACAACUUACAAGAUCUCGCAUCCGAGCCAAAUCACCUUUCCUGCAUUCGAGAAACUUUCUGUCCUCUCCCUCUCUCUGCAAAGCAGAGUAUUAAUGGGAACUGUAGCCAAACUGUUGUGUCAGCUGUGCACUAGCUAUUUGUGAUUUACAGCUACGGAACUCUAUGUUUUGCAAUUAUGGGUUCAUCCUAUAUGACAGUCAUUCCGUUUACUACUAGGACACUACUAGACCAGUAAUCUAGACAAGACACUUCACGAGGAUGGCAAAGGAUUUAUUCGUGAUGCGUUAGAAAGCGCAAAAUUAAUAUGUGCCGCAUGUGGAACUUUUCCCUUUCAAGUUCUUGUUGUGCGAAAUAAUGUUGUAAGUACAAGCUAGUUGUAUCUAGUCUGGAUUGGUGUUGAAAAUAAUUCCGAACAUAGUUUAACUCCAAGCCAUGGCUACUGUGAAUACUGAUAAUUGUUUCAUUUCCCAUUUAUACAUCCACAGAACAUCUGUUUGUUGGCACCAUUCUUGAUGGUGUGAUUGUCCUGACUAAACGCGGUGACUCAAUCUACUCAUGCGGGAACCUCCAAGAUCUAACUCAGGUAAAAGUUGCUAUGUGUGGCCUGUUUACUCAAAUUCUCCUUAGUGAUGACAAUUUAUUUAUUUAUUGGUCAAUUUUUAAAAAGAAAAUCCCUACAAACUAGUUGAUAAUUUUCUUAAUUCUCAAACCCUCUCUUCAACAAUUGAAUGAACAGAAAAAGUGUUCAAAUGUCAAGCAAAUGUCAGUCAACAUCAAAUGCCAGUCAACAUCUAGCUGGGUACAGCAUUUAAGCUUGGGGCUAAUUAUCAUAUUCCCCCAAGGAAUUUAGAGCUUAAACCACAGUGGAAGGAUUUAAAUUCUGAUUCUUUUUGUAAGUUAAAGGUUUGUAGGUAUUUGUUUUAAGUUGGUUCUCAAGCCCUUUAGAAAACCAAUACCAGCACUUGAUGCUGAUCUUUAAAAAAUUUUUGAUGAAAAGUUACUGGAUUAUCUUGGGUUUUUUUUGCAGAAAUAUUAUGCCCAGUUUCUUGUUAUCUUUACAACAACAUCUGAAGAACAAGGUAUGUUCUGUUUGUAUAAUUUGAAGAAUAUUGAGUUUGGCUACAGGAAACUUCCUAGACUUGAAAGUAGUAGCUUAAAGAGAAUAGAAGAACAGGAGCCCAGGCAAAUACAGCUGUAUGGAGCUGAAAGAGUCAGGGUGAGGUGAAGGAGAGGUAUUAAUGGGGUGCAAGAGGUAUAGGAUGGGGUGUGGAGGGGGAGAAUGUAAGGCAGGAAGAAGGAGAAAUAUUUUUUUAAUCAUUAUCUGCAGUGUUUCCCUCUUAAGGGUUGGAGACCCAAGAGGUGGAAGCCAAUUUUUAUGUGUGUGGCCCAGUUUUAUACUCAAUGUUUUGUAGACAAUUUAGAUUAGCCAAACUGGAAAUUUAAAUUACAGGUUUGUGGGGGUGGGAGGGUGAGGGAGUCAACAAAGACAUUUACCUGUAGGGAGGGGUAUUUAUAUUUUUGCACAAUUGCAGUAUACUGGGAAACAGUGCCUCAAGGUGCUAAGGAGAAAGGAAAAUUUGAAGCUGCCUUUUGUGGUUCAGCGGCUGUUUUCUGUUACUUAAUCCCACUCUUUGAACAGAAACAAAUGUUUUUCUAAGAUCCUUGAAUCUUCUUUCAUUUCCUUGCAGACUCUGCUGCAUGCCAAAAGGGAUUUAUUCUGCAAACUGCAAAUGAUGAUCAAGAGAUUAAGUACAUCAUCUACUGCAAGAAUUUUUGUAGGUAAUGUAAUUACGGUAUCCCAGCUGAGAUGAGAGGGAAAAAUACAAGUUAUCAAAUGAAUACCCCUGAGUGUCUCUGAUGUGAUUUAUUUUUCCCACUGAUUCAACACAGCUUUAUAUUAUUAAUAAGUUCUUCUCUGUUGUGUCAUUUCAGUGUAUAUGCAAUGUCACGUCAUAACAGAUCUGGAAUCAUAGUCUGCAGUCUACCUUAUGGUGUAUUGAUUGCUACAUACUCAUUUCCUUGCACCAGUGUGAAGGCAAUAGAAAUUGUGGAGACCACUUGUGAACAACUGAGAAGAUGACACAUCAUGUUAAAAUGUGCAUUUGGUCUUCAGAGGGUGCAAGAAAUAAUGGCAGAACCUGAAUCUGGGAUAGUGAAACCUGUUUCUGGGAUCAAUUUUACUCAUUUAAUUUAUCAUUAUCAUCAUUAUUAUCAUUGUCAACAAUAUUGUCUUUGUUGUUGUCAUCAGCAUUAUCAUUAUCAGACUAUGUGCAUGUACUUGAGGUAAUAGAAAAGUUAAGUCAGUGAGAAACUGCUUAUUUCUUCAAGGUGUUGACCUAACAGAUGUUUUUCAGUCAAUCCCAUCAUUUGCAGUCACUGAUUACUGUCACAAGACAUGAGCUACCUUCUCCAAAAGGACAAAGAAAAUUAAUUAUUAGAAACCUCAGAAAAUUAGGUAUCAGUAGAAAACAUUCUCCAAAUUAAAAAAAAAUAAAAAUAUAAAAAUAUUAUAGUAGUUUAACAAUAAAUUAUAACUAGAAAAAAAGCACUCCACCGACCUAAGAUAUCAAAUCAGUCAAAUUCUAAAAAGUUGAAGAGGCCUCAAAGAAUUCAUCUUGAACUCUGAACUGCAAUUAACCAACUAGUCAAAAGAAAGAUAUAAAACAUAGAUAAUGGAAUAAUUAACUUUCUCUCACUGGACUAUUCUUAAAAAGCAAUUUAAUUUGAGUCAGAUCUCGUCAUUCAGAUUCUCAUUCAUGAUAAUUUUAAUUUUUAUUUGUGAUAAUUUUCUAAUGAAUCAGCCUUCCUUGACCCUUUGGCUGGAAGGAUCUUAUUGUUAUGCUCCAGUCUCUAUUAUAAUAACUUUUAAAAGUUUCUUUAUAAUCUGGG